AAUAACUAAACAAAUAGGAAUAUAGUAGUUACUGCCUACCAGCUGACACUGGCCGUUGUAAUUUGUAAAAAGCAUUAAAAAUAUUAAAUAUCGUAAAAACAUUAAAAAAUGAAUAAUGUCAAACAGACUGAACAGGUUAAAUGUAUUGUGUUGGAAGGUUAUGGCGGGUACGAUAAAAUAAAAACAAGAUGUUGGCCACUUGAAUUUUUAGGAUCAACAAGUGUAUGUGUUAAAGUUCAAUUAUGUGGUGUCAACUUUAGUGAUAUAUAUACUAGACAAGGUUUUCUACGUCAGCUAAAAACUCCACGUGUGCUUGGAGCAGAAUGUUAUGGCACAAUAGAAGCUAUUGGAAAUGAAGUGAACAGUUUUCAAUAUGGAGACCGAGUAGUGUGUUAUGUUUGGACAGGAGGACUGUUUGGAGAAAAGGUUGUAGUCCCAGCAAAUAAUUGUUUUUUAGUUCCGGAGGGUGUUAGUGGUCAAGAUGCUGUUGCUCUACCUGCCAAUUAUUUGACUGCAUACUUGAGUAUUUUUACCAUGGGCAAUUUACAACCCGGAGAUACUGUUCUUAUACAUUCAAUUGCGGGAGGUGUUGGGUGUGCUGCAACUCAAUUAGCAAAAACUGUGAAAGAUGUAGUUGUUGUUGGAACCUCUUCAGCAUCCAAACAUGAACAACUAAAAGAAAAUGGAGUUUCUCAUGUGCUACACCAUGAAAACUAUGAGACAUUAGCUAAAAAUGUAUCACCACAGGGUUAUGACUUAAUUAUAGAUAGUAUUGGUGGACCAAAUAUUGAGAUUAGUCAAAAAUUACUUAAGCCUUGUGGUCGUUUAGUUAUCAUUGGUGGUAGUUGUUAUAUUAAUGGAGAAACAUUACAAAUUGUAAGGUCAUUAGCUAUGAAGUGGCAAACAAAAAACUUGAUCCCUCAAACAAUAAUAGAACAAAAUAUCACUAUUAGUGGUCUUCAUUUGGGUUUGCUGUUUGAUUCUAACCCAAACAAAAUUCAUUAUAUCAUGGAAGAAUUAUUCAAAAUGUUAAAGAAUAAAUUAAUAAAACCAAUAAUUUAUGAGAUCUUACCAUUUAAUAAUGUUAUUGAAGCUCAGACAAUAUUGGCAAAAAGAAUGAAUUUUGGGAAAGUCUUAUUAAAAUUAAAUCAAUAACAAGAAAAGAUUUUCAAGUUUAUUUGGUUUUAAAACUGUUGUCAAUUUGCGUCUACUCUCUUCAA